AUGAGUCUCCUCUCGUGGAUCAUCUUCGCCGCCCUCUACGGCGGUUUUCUUUGCCUGCUGCGCGAGCGUAAGGUGCCUCUCAUUGUGAUGCGGGUGUGGUAUACAUUUCACCUGGUGCUGUGUGUGAUCAUAAGCUGGCUUUGCGGUGUGGCACUCAGCCUGCUGGGGAAGGUACAGCUCUUGGAUACGGUAACAUCGCAGUCGCUGGUGAAGUGUGUGUGCGCCACCACGUUCGGGUACUGGCUGCGCUUCAACAGUCCGCACAUCCGUGUGGAGCACUUGCCCGGCUCUCUGUCGUUUUCGUCGAUCACGGAGCAGCAUAACAUGUGCUUGUGCCACUCGAGUCUCUUCGACACAAUUCUGUUCUUGUGGUAUGUUCCGUACCGCUACGUCGACAAGGUGAAGACCUUUUUCAAAGCGAGCCUGUGCAAUCUUCCCCUGUUUGGCACCGUGAUUGUUCUGUGCGGCCACUUCCCUGUCUACUUCAGCUCCACGGACGCGAACUCGUUCUCAGUCGACAAGGACAAGCAGGCUGCCGUCGCCGCUGACGUCGAGAACUGGGUGAAGCAGGGUAAGAGCCUUUGCUUCUACCCAGAGGGCAUGGUGAACCGCACACCGGAGGUGCUCAAGGACUUCCGACUCGGCAGCUUCAAAACGAUCCUGGCGCACAAGAUGCCCUUGUAUUACUGCGUCACCUACGGCAACCACGAGGUAUGGCCGCCGUCCUUGAAGGGCUUGCCGGGUUACCCGGCGGAUGUGUACGUGUACAUCGGCAAGUACCAGUACUGCGCGGACAAGGUGGACGCGCUGGCACUCGCGACGGGGCUGCGCGAGGAGAUGCAGAAGCACCUGGACGAGAUGUUGGCGCUGCGGGAGAAGCGGGGGUACAAACCCUGGUGGAAGCGGUUCGCCGCAAAAGCCUAG